UAAUAACACAAAUGGAAAUCGAUUUGCUAAACUACGACCCAAUUGAAGAGGAAUCAAAGAACAAGUUGAAGAGAUUUGUACAGACUCCAAACUCCUACUUUAUGGAUGUCAAAUGCCCAAACUGUGGAGCCAUCAACGUUGUAUUCUCUCACGCACAAACCAUCGUCACCUGCGCUGAAUGCAGCGAGGUCCUCUGCACACCAACUGGUGGUAAGGCUAAACUUGUUCCAAAGAGUGCCUAUAAAAGAAAGGGAGACUAAACAUCGUGUUAUUGCUAAUAAUUAUAUGGUAGCUCAUUGUCCGAGAAAAGCAUAUUUUUCUU